AGAGUAGUUUUCUAGAAGUGUACGUAAAAGUACAUAAAGUACGUAAAAGUCCGCUUCUAGAAAAGUAAUGACGUCAGAUUUGAAGUGCGCAUGCGCACGCAGCCUCCGCCGGAACAACAAACUCCUGGAGGACAAGAUGGCGGCGGGACUUUCAAAUGUUUCCCACAAAUAUUCACAGAAAACGGAACAAAACCUCCAUAAAGUGUCUCCGAAGUGUCUCCGAAGUGUCCCCGGACAUCCCACAGAGGCCCCACGGUCCGUAGGCCCCCGGGAGCCGUGAGUCCGGGAGCCGGGAGCCAUGAGCGGGACCAGAUCCAGGACGAACCGCCUGAGGCGGAGCGUGAGACAGAGUCAAGCCGCAGACAGAAGCUCCUCCGCCGGGGACGAGAGCGCGCAGACCCCGCGGAGACGCGCCGAGGCCCGGGGUCAGACCCCGGUCCGGUCCAGACUCGGCGCGGACUCGGCCCAUAACGAGUCCUUCAGCACAGACGUCCACCAGGACAUCGUCUGGGACACGACCUCCCCGUCCCCUCACCGACUCGGUAAACGUGGACUCAGACUCGUUGGAUCUGUGACCAUCUCAGACAUCGUCAAUCGAAUCGCCCCAAAGGUGGGUCGUCCUCGGGUUGUGGAGCCGGUUCUGUUGCAGUGGAUCAGAGACACAAUCCCCUGUACCCCAGAACUACACACACCUAAACAAAAGAAGAAGAACAACAGGCCAAACGGAGUGGACGAUCUGCUGAGCUUGGCCAGACAGUUUGACUACAACAUGCUCCACGAGACUCACACAGACCCAGAACAAGACCCAGACCUGGACCCAGACCCAGACAUCGGCCCCACCCAGAACCCGUCCCAGAACCCGGGUCCGGACUGGGUCUCAGACGACGACCUGGACUUCCUGUUUGACGGCUCGACUCAGGGCGCGAGCGGAGCUUUCAGUCCGGACGUCAUGGCUCCAAACGUGACCCAGAACUUCAGCCGAGUAAAAACACCAGAUGAUUUUCAGAGUAAAUCCUCGGCGAACGCUCCAGACGCGACAGAAGAACUCGGGAAAAGUCAAGCAAGUUCCCGCAGUUUGCAAAAAGAACCGAUUCCCCCGAGACUUGAACCAAAUCCCACCGAGGAUCCGUCCGAGUCUCCGCUCCGUCUCUCCGCUCCAAAACCAGAAAAACUAAAUUCUCAAAACAAAAUCUUCAAAUUCAAGUCUUUGUCAAACUCCAGAUCCGAUGACAUUUCGCCCAAACUUGCGUCUCCGGUUCAGACUUGUGACCUGGACGACUGGGCAGACGACGAUUUCCUGGAGGAUUCGCUUCUGUUGGAAAUGACGCAGAAUCCGUUUGGUUUUCUGUCGCCAAAUUCCACGUCGACGCAGAAGAACGUCGGGAAAACGGACGGAGCGAGGCAGACGUUCGCUCUGACCGCGAAUACGAACUUUUCCUCAAACUUAAACGCGAGACUUGACGCUGAUGGGGAUUUUAGGAAAACAUCGGAACAAACUCGGUCAGAUUUUAAUGUGGGUUCGACCGGAAAUGUCAUUUACCCGAAUUCAACAACGCGACAAAAUAAGACUUCAAAAACUCUCAAGGAGAAUUCUCAUCGAAAUAUCGGCGCGAAAUGGAGCGACGCCAAACAGCCAGCAGGUUUUUCGAUUCCUCCGAACGAUUACAGCUCAAAACCGUCUCAGAAUGUGUCCAAGUGUUCGGCCGAAGUCUCUCAAAACAACAGUUCCACCUCAAAACCAGCAGGAGGAGUUUGUUCAGAGACGAAUCCGAGGUCGGAGGACGUGUGGGCGUCGAAACGGGCGACGGCAGCGGCAAUGCCAACUCCGGACGCAAACACUUUCAGGAAAACGUCGCACGGUUUCCACAGCAACAGUGCAGCAAAAAGUAACUCGAAUUCCGUGUUCCAAAGUGCUGAAAACAUGAGAGCGACAGAAAGUUCGCCCGCAAAUCCAGACGACGGUUUUGGAGACGAUCUCGACGCCAUUUUCUCAUCGGACCCGAUUUGGGACGAUCUCGAAGACGACGAACUCCUGUGUGAGCUCUGCGACGACGUGGAGAGCCAGAUACAAAACACAGCCAAUCAGAGCCAGAGGGCGGGGCAGACGGCCAAUCAGAGCCAGAGGGCGGGGCAGACGGCCAAUCAGAGCCAGAGGUUUGGGCAGGGGAGCGACCAGAACCAGCAGAUGGACAAAACGCAACAGACGGCCAAUCAGACGCAGAGAACAGUUCCUGCAGUCAAUCACAAGGCUGUAUUAGGACAGAGGGCGGGACACUGGGUCACUCAGGUGAACAGCGCCGGACCGGGAGCCAAUCAGACGCCUCGGACAGGACCUGGAGCCAGUCAGACGUGGAGCAGCUCUGGAGCGCCGCAGCAGAGACACGACUUUAACUUUAAGAGACCCGCCCCCGUGCCCCCCCCUGGACCCCCCACCAGACCCUCCUCUGGUCUCUCCUCUGGACCUUCCUCCGCUGGAGCUCCAGAACGACAUUAA